AUGAAGUCCUUCGCAUCGGCCCUGCCUUUGGCAGCAGCGUUCUUCGCUACCUCCUCUCUUGCAUGGCUUCCAUCUUGCACGUGGUCUGAUUGCAUGGGGAGCUGGGACGGCACAUCCUGCGACUCCGCGAAUGGGUGGGAUUGUCUCUGUUCCAAUCAAACCGCUAUUUCCCAAUUGAACACCUGCGUCGCUACCAGCUGCACCAAUACCACUGAUCAAGAGGCCAUCUACGGUGCCGUCGCACAACUUUGCGCCAAUGCUGGUGUAACUGUCACCAACUCUCAGCAAGCCACCUUCAGCGCUACCUCAGGUGGCUCGGCCUGGCCUUCUCAGAUCACUGCUGCUCCCGGAUUCGGCCCUGGUGGCGGCUGGAACUCCGAAGCCUGGUCCAGCUGGAUCUCUGCUUGCUCGACCGGUUUGCCCUCUGCUCCUUCCGGCUGGGGUGGCAGUGGUUCAUGGGGUGGCCCAGGCAUGUGGGGAGGCUCAGGUGGCCGUGGUGGCCCAGGAGGCUUCGGUGGUCCAUGGGGAACCAAGGCUAGCGGCAUCGACUGCGAUUCCUGGACUACCUGGACUGCUGGAUGGGGCCCUUUCUCCUCCUGGACUGGUACCUGGUCUGGCUGCAGCUCUACCACCGCCUCUCCUAUCCCCGCUACCAUCACUACUACCGUCACCACUGGUGGCUCGACUCAAGUCAUCACCGGUACCACUUUCGGUAUCCAGGCUGUUGCAGCUGCCACCACAAGCGCCGACUCCGACAGCGCUGCUCCUUCUCUCCGUGGCCUCAGCGCUUGCGGCGCUCUUGUUGCAGCCAUCUUCGGCACAAUGCUUGCUUUGUAA